AAAAAAAGGAAACAAGAGAGACAAAGUAUCGUACUUAGUCUGUUGUGCUGCAAUUCGGACUCAAAAGCUCGAAAGCGAGUCGUCUCCGUCAACUCCCACUCACUCUACAAAGCAUUGAUCGGCCUGAUGAUCUAUCAGAAACCUGAGAUUUUUGUAAUUCAAGUUUGAGUUGACGGAGUUUUAGCCAAUGGUUAUUAUUACCUGAUCAAUCAGGGAAAUUCAUACACUAAUCAUUUUUGUUUUCUGUAAUGGAAACCCACUUCAGAUCUGUGUUUCCUGGACUGAUCAUUGUUCUCACUGUUCUUCUCUUUGUUUUUGGGAAUUCGGCAAAUGGGGAAGUUAGCCGCCCGAAGAAUGUUCAGGUAGCUCUCCGGGCUAGAUGGAGUGGAACUCCAAUUCUAAUUGAAGCUGGGGAAUUGUUGUCCAAACAAAGAAAAGACCUAUACUGGGAAUUUAUUGAUCUUUGGCUUGGUAGUGAACAAGGAAAUGAUGCUUCCAAUACAGCCAAAGAUUGCUUCAAGGAAAUUUUGAAGCAUGGGCAAUCUCUUAUGAGUCAGUCUCUAGGAUCUGUUUUCGAAUUUUCUCUUGCUUUACGAUCAGCAUCUCCAAGAGUAGUUCUUUAUCGGCAAUUGGCAGAAGAGUCCCUUUCUUCUUUCCCUGUGGUAGCUGAUAUUGAUACAAGCUCUUUGGGAGGACUUACUGAAUCAAACGAUGGCUUGAAAGACAAGAAGUCUGAGCCAUUGCUUGUGGGUUUGAACCCGAGAAGUCCUGGUAAUAAAUGUUGCUGGGUAGAUACCGGUGAUAAACUUUUUUUUGAUGUUCUUGAGAUGGAGCAGUGGUUUCAGAAUCCUUCUGAAUCUGGAAACUCAUUCCAGCAGCCAGAGUUUUAUGACUUUGAUCAUGUUCAUUACUAUUCAAGUAGUGGAAGUCCUGCUGCAAUUCUCUAUGGAGCUCUUGGGACAGAAUGCUUCAAGAAAUUUCAUGUCGCUCUGGUAGCAGCAGCUAAAGUGGGGAAGAUAAGAUAUGUUCAUAGACCUGUAUUGCCUUCUGGUUGUGAGUUAAAAACUGGUAAUUGUGGAGCUGUUGGCACAAAAGAUCCGGUAAACUUAGGUGGUUAUGGUGUUGAGCUGGCUCUGAAGAACAUGGAAUACAAGGCCAUGGAUGACAGUGCAAUAAAGAAAGGUGUUACCCUUGAAGACCCUCAUACUGAAGAUCUCAGCCAAGAAGUUAGAGGAUUCAUCUUCUCCCGAAUUCUUGAACGCAAGCCCGAACUAACAUCUGAGAUAAUGACUUUUAGAGAUUAUCUUUUGUCAUCAACCAUAUCGGAUACACUGGAUAUAUGGGAAUUGAAGGAUUUAGGUCAUCAAGCAGCUCAGAGAAUAGUCCAUGCUUCUGACCCAUUGCAGUCCAUGCAGGAAAUAAACCAAAAUUUCCCUAGUGUUGUCUCCUCCAUUUCUCGAAUGAAGCUGAAUGAAUCUGUUAAAGAUGAAAUACUAGCAAACCAGCGAAUGAUUCCUCCCGGCAAGUCUAUAAUGGCUGUGAAUGGCGCCUUAAUCAAUAUUGAAGAUGUGGACCUAUAUCUAUUGGUUGACAUGAUUCAUCAAGAGUUGUCAUUGGCUGAUCAAUAUUCAAAGCUGAAGAUUUCUCCAAGUACCAUACGAGGACUUCUUUCAAGUCAACCUCCACCAGAUUCGAAUACAUACCGUAUUGAUUUCCGGUCGGACCACCUUCAUUACCUUAAUAAUUUGGAAGUGGAUUCCAUGUACGACCGGUGGCGGAGCAAUUUAAACGAGAUUUUGAUGCCCGUCUUUCCUGGACAACUCCGUUAUAUCCGUAAGAACUUGUUUCAUGCAGUUUUUGUCUUGGACCCUACUCCUUUAUGUGGACUUGAGUCGGUUGAUAUGAUCCUUUCAUUGUAUGAGAACAAUCUUCCUAUGAGAUUUGGGGUGAUUUUAUAUUCCACAAAAGUCGUCGAUAUGAUUGAAGCGAACGGUGGAGAACUGAAAGAUGACAUUCAGAUUGAAGAAGAUAUGUCUAGUUUGGUUAUCCGUCUUUUUCUUUAUAUCAAGGAAAAAUAUGGAGCUCACAUGGCCUUCCAGUUCUUGAGCAAUUUGAAUAGGUUAAGGCUUGAGGCAGACGAUAUUGCAGAGGAUACUCUUGAGCCACACCUUAUAGAUGCAGCAUUUGUAGACACAAUAUUACCAAAGGCAAAAUCUCCUCCACAAGAUACUUUAUUGAAGCUACAAAAAGAGCAAGAAUUCAGACAACUGUCUCAUGAAAGCUCUAUGUUUGUCUUCAAGCUGGGAUUAGCUAAGCAUAAGUGCUGUCUCCUAAUGAAUGGACUGCUUCAUGAUGUUAACGAGGAAGCUCUUCUGAGCGCCAUGAACGAAGAGUUGCCCAGAAUACAGGAACAAGUUUAUUAUGGACAAAUCGGUUCCCAUACGGAUGUGCUCAACAAAUUUCUAUCAGAAAGUGGUAUUAAGCGCUACAACCCACAGAUUAUGGCAGAUGGCAAGGUCAAACCAACAUUUGUUUCUCUCUCUGCAGCAGCCCUUGGAAAGGAAUCUGUGCUAAAUGGUGUCAGCUAUUUGCACUCACCUGAAACUGCAGAUGACAUAAAGCCAGUGACUCAUCAUCUUGCUGUUGAGGUCACGUCAAUAAAAGGAGUGAAGUUUCUUCGUGAAGGAAUACAGUACUUGAAGGAGGGUACAAAAAUUGGUCGGCUCGGUGUUCUAUUUACUGCCAAGCUGGAUGCUGAUUUGCUUAGUCUUCUUUUUGUAAAGGCUUUUCAAACCACAGCAUCAGCAUACAGUAAUAAACCCGGGGUUUUGACUUUCUUGGAUCAGCUUUGCUCAUUGUAUGAGAUCGAAUUCAUGCAUCAAUCUUCUGUAGUUGCUGAAAGCAAACAGGGAUUUGUUGAUAAAGUCUGUGAUAUAGCUGAUGCUAAUGGAUUAUCAUCUAAGGCCUAUAAAGCAGCUCUCUCUGAUCUCUCUCUUCAAGAAUUGAGAAGUCAUUUGAAUGAGGUUUCACAAUUUUUGUCCAGGCAACUUGGACUUGAUUCUGGAGCAAAUGCAGUAAUCACAAAUGGACGGGUUGUGUCUCUUGCCAACAACAGUAUGCUUUUGAGUCCUGAUCUACAGCUUCUCGAAUCUGUGGAGUUUAAGCAGAGAAUAAAACAUGUCAUGGAAAUCAUUGAAGAAGCCAAGUGGGAGGAUGUUGAUCCUGAUACCUUAACAAGUCAAUUUAUCAGUGAUAUCAUAAUGUUUGUCUCAUCUUCAAUGGCCACAAGAGAGCGAAGCUCAGAAAGUGCACGCUUUGAGGUUUUGAAUGCAAAAUACAGCGCCGUUAUUUUGCAAAAUGAGAACUCUGCAAUUCAUAUUGAUGCUGUUAUUGAUCCCCUGAGUUCUUCUGGUCAAAAGUUGUCUUCGCUUCUUCGGAUACUUUGGAAAUCCAUCCAACCAAGCAUGAGGCUUGUACUCAAUCCCAUCAGUUCCUUGUCGGACCUUCCUCUCAAGAAUUACUAUAGAUAUGUUGUACCAUCAAUGGAUGAUUUCAGCAGUACUGAUGAUACAGUGCAUGGUCCAAAAGCCUUUUUUACCAAUAUGCCUUUGCACAAAACACUCACCAUGAACCUUGAUGUACCUGAGCCAUGGCUUGUUGAACCUGUUGUGGCCAUUCAUGACCUCGAUAACAUAUUGCUUGAGAACCUGGGCGACACAAGAACUCUGCAAGCUGUGUUUGAGCUAGAAGCUUUGGUUCUUACUGGUCAUUGCUCAGAGAAAGAUCAGGAACCGCCUCGUGGACUUCAAUUGAUACUUGGAAGUAAAAUCAACCCACACAUGGUUGAUACCAUUGUAAUGGCCAAUUUGGGUUAUUGGCAAAUGAAAGUAUCUCCUGGGGUUUGGUACUUGCAGCUUGCUAAUGGUAGAAGUUCUGAGAUCUAUGCUCUGAAGGGAGAUGUUGAUGUAGGUCAAAACACUGUUUUGUCAAAACGAAUCACCAUUAAUGAUUUGAGGGGUAAGGUAGUUCAUAUGGAAGUCGUGAAGAAGAAGGGGAAGGAGCGUGAGAAAUUACUUCUUUCAUCUGAUGAUGAUAAACAUUCAGCAGAGAAGAAAAGAGGUAACAGUUGGAAUAAUAAUCUUUUGAAGUGGGCAUCUGGAUUUAUUAGUGGCAGUGAACAGUCAAUAAAGAAUGAGAAUGAAGUUCAUGGAAGGCAUGAGAAAACAAUCAAUAUUUUUUCUGUAGCCUCUGGACACUUAUAUGAACGUUUUUUGAAAAUCAUGAUUCUGACUGUCCUCAAGAACACCAAUAGACCAGUGAAAUUCUGGUUUAUAAAGAACUACCUUUCACCUCAGUUUAAGGAUGUGAUUCCACACAUGGCCAGAGAAUACGGUUUUGAGUAUGAGUUGAUUACGUACAAGUGGCCAACUUGGCUACAUAAGCAGAAAGAGAAACAAAGAAUUAUAUGGGCUUAUAAGAUCCUAUUCCUUGAUGUCAUAUUUCCUCUCUCCUUGGAAAAGGUUAUAUUUGUGGACGCAGAUCAAAUCGUCCGAACUGAUAUGGGUGAACUUUAUGAUAUGGAUAUCAAAGGGCGACCUCUUGCAUAUACUCCUUUUUGUGACAAUAACAAAGAUAUGGACGGGUAUCGAUUUUGGAAGCAGGGUUUCUGGAAGGACCAUUUGCGUGGAAGGCCAUACCAUAUAAGUGCUUUAUAUGUUGUUGAUUUGGUCAAGUUCCGAGAGACGGCUGCAGGAGAUAAUCUGAGAAUAAUUUAUGAGACGCUUAGCAAGGAUCCAAACAGUCUUUCCAAUCUAGAUCAGGAUCUUCCAAACUAUGCUCAACACACUGUCCCCAUCUUCUCUCUUCCUCAAGAAUGGUUAUGGUGUGAAUCAUGGUGUGGAAAUGCCACUAAAACUAAGGCAAAAACAAUUGAUCUCUGCAAUAAUCCCAUGACAAAGGAACCAAAGCUUCAGGGUGCUAAAAGAAUAGUCUUGGAGUGGCCAGAUCUCGAUCAGGAAGCAAGACACUUUACUAGCCAAAUCUUGGGCGAGGACAUUGAUCCUCAAUUACAGGUAAUAGGGUCUAUUAGUCAGACUCCCGAAUCAGUUAAUGACCCUUCGUCUGAAGAAUCGGAAUCAAAGGCUGAACUAUGAUCGAUGCACGAAACUAUACUAAAAUCACGGCUUUCGAGUGAAUAUAGAUUGAAGGAUCAUAUCAUUUUUAUCAGGUUUUCACCAGCUUUUGAUUUAAAACUUUUUAUGUUAAAAUGAUAGAAAGAGCCGCUCACUUAACCACAAAGGGUGUUAGGAAAUAUGCAAACCUUGUGGAAUUUUGUGUUUAUUCUAGACUGAAGAAGUCCAUAUUGAAUUUUAAAUUAACUUCUAUAAUGUAUCUGCAUCAAGAUUAGAUAAGCUUAGAAUUUCAGUUUAGUUCAUGAAUUUUGGUGCAUUAUGAUCAUCAUUAUCAUGAAAUGACUUCUUUUUCUUUUUGUUAUUUUGCACUGUUUUGUUUAUGAAAAAUAAGGGUUUAAUGGAAUGCUUUCGAUUCAGCUGUUGA